AUGUUCUCAUCACCAUCACUCGUCCCACUUCUCCCCCCACAACCAAAUGGACCUCUCGCCACCCUUCCUCGACUUCAAUCUCCAGCAUUAAAGCGACGUCGGUCACAAAGCAACAUAGAUGACGUAGAGUUAGAGUCCAACGCUGGCGAUGAACCGCCUUGUCGAAAACGUUUGCAUUUGCGAACUGGGUCGCCUGAGCUUUCAACCUCUCUCACUACAUCCCCUUGCGAGAUAAAGCCACCGAGGUUCGAUGACCACUUCGAAGACCUGAUUGAAAAACCUGGAGCCUAUGUCGAUAAAACUGGCUGCAUUGCUCACUUGCCAACCAAAUAUACCGCGUUGAUGAUUCGGCCACCCCGUUUUGGCAAGACCACUUUUGUGUCGACUUUGGCGGGGUAUUAUGAUAUUCGCAAUCUUGUCCCAGAGUGUGCUUGGGAGCGACUCGACAUCCACCGAGCUGCAAAGGACUCCUUCGCCUCUCGAGACCAACAUCUUUGUCUCGUGUUCCGUUUCCCGACCACGAUUAUACGAGGUCAACUGAAGAAUGUCGAGUGGGACAUUAGGGCACACGUUUCCCACCAGUUGUAUGCCUUUGUCGUUGACUACUUGGGAGAGCUCGGCCUGUCAGAGGUUCCUCAAGCGAUCAGCACUGGGGCUUUGCACAGAACACAUGAUGUUCUGACUAUGUUCACGGAAUUUUGGGAAAUUGUGAAGCAGAGUGGGCAUACUCUCUUCAUUGCCGUGGACGAUUAUGAUGCACCACUGCGUUCGCAUGAGCUCACUCCGUUUGAUGGUGACGAAGAGGCGGAGGUAGAGAAUCGGCCGAGGUUCAGAGACGCAAUUGAAGAGUUACUGGACCGUUUGUUCUGGGCGCCUCUGCUACAUGACAUCGCCCGGGGCCUUAUAUCGAAGCUUCUUGUCGCAGGCACCCUUUCCUUUACGACUUGGAAUCCAGAAAUCAGCAAGUCUCUAUCAAGUCUUGCUCUGGCCGAGAUGCCUGAGCUCUCAUCGUGCUGCGGAUUUACCGAAGAUGAAGCACGCAGUUUUAGUGCUGCAUUCCUUCCCAACCCUUUAUCUUCCGCCGACUUUCGGGACAAAAUCGGACGAUACCAUUUUCCCCCCAAUCCCCAGCCGCUCCUCCACCCCCAGCAAAUCAUUCUGCGGGUGGCUCCUCUACCUGAGUGGGCACCGUUUGAUCGUCUGACAAACCCUUUCCCCACACUUUCGGCGAUCUUGAGGUCUCUCGAGGACGAUACAGACGAUGAGCGAGUGACGCGUAACACACUGCUUGACUUGCUUACGCAAGGUACCAUCGAGCCAUCCAACUACCGACCACUCUGUGGCCGUGCUAUCGGAGUAGAUUUUCUCCGGGACCUCGGCAUCCUGUCUUACGAUUCGGAGGGACGGCUUCGUGUGGCAAGCAAAGACAUCUUGCAAGAGAUACACUCGGCUGUCGAUUCUGUGGUGGAUACUUUCUUCAGCUUUUCCUCAAAACUCCGCCCAGCGUUAUGGGUGGAAGAUGGAUUCACCCGCCUGCUCGCUCUGUCCACACAAGUUUUAGUUGAUCGGACCAGCCGAGGACUAUCACGGAGAUCUUGUCUGGAGCCUACGAUGCAUGGUGUUCUCGAACUCCUUCUCCGAGCGCUCAUCUCGUGGGAGGAUUUUUAUGACCCAUUGAUUAUGGUGCCCCCCCUCACAAUUGCCUUACAUCGACGAAAAACCUUCUCACAAUCCUGA